GAAGAUGAAGGUGAAGAUGUUUCAGACAGUGAAAUUGUGGAUCCAUCAGUGGAAGAAUCAGGCGAUAAUUUAAUUGCAACUGAGACUGAAAUCGUGGAUCCAUCAAUGGAAGAAUCAGGGGAUAAUUUGAAUGCAACUGAGACCGAGGGUGAGCAAUCUGACUCAGAGGAUCAGCAAUCUGACUCGGAGGAAGAGCCAUCUGACUCCGAGGAAGAGCCAGAUUCUGAGCAAUGUGAUACCCCCAAUCCUCGUUCCUUAAACCAAAAGACUAAUGGCGGGGGAGAAGGCGAAUCAGAAAGCAAGAGUACAGAGUCAUCGAGCAACAUCAGGAGAAACCUGAGGUCAGGAAGUAGAAGUUAGAAGAAACAUUGUGUAUAUGCAGAGAGAGAAUGUGUCUGGUCAAAUUGCUCAACAUCUCGAGAGCUAUCUUAUAUUAAACUACGUCUGUUUUGGUCACUAAAUUGGUUUCUCUCUAUGAUGCCCAGAAAUUGGUCACUGCUUAGUUGUGAACUUGUGAUAAAUUAUAGCCAAUUCGUCCAAGUAUCACUGCAAGAACAAGCUCUUCCUUGUGGCCAAAUUUUAUAUUAAUUUUGUACCAAAUGCCUUUUGUUUUCUA